GUGGAGGCCAUCUUCCGAUUUCGGAAGAUCACUUCGCAAUCAUCGAUGUUUUCAUACGUCACCGCUCAUCUUCCUUCACAGGUAGCCUCGGAGGUGAUCGAUAUUCUUGAUCCGAUGCCGACUGAAUCGCCGUAUGACAAGCUCAAAUCAGCCAUUCUAAAACGCACUACGGCUUCCGAUGAAGCACGGCUGCACAUGCUACUUUCUGGCAUAGAGCUUGGAGACCGCAGCCCGUCUCAACUCCUCCGGCACAUGCGUUCACUUGUGGGUUCCUCGACCCUGGACGAUUCCAUCCUCCGACAGAUCUGGACUAAGUGCCUUCCAACAAACACCACGGCAAUUUUAGCAGUCCUUGCUGAUGAGCUUCCGUUGGACAAACUAGCCGAAGCGGCCGACAAAGUCCAUGAACGCUUCUUUAAAUCUGCUGUGAAUAAUGUGACUGGACCGAGCUCCACUAGUCCAUCUGGAAGUACCGCACUUGAGGAUAUUAGUGAACGACUCUCGCGCUUAGAACUCGCUGUGUCUCACAUCGGUCGUGAACGACCUGUUAACCGUAGAUUCAACUCCAGGAGUGGCCGCCGUAGUCAAUCCCGCACCAGCCGAUCGCGAUCAUACUGCUACUACCACCGCCGUUUCGGCGAUGCUGCUCGUAAUUGUCGUCCAGGUUGUAAAUACCCGAAGACGUUUUUGGAUUCUCGGCAGGGAAACGACAACGCCAGCCAGUGAUGGCGACAGCUGCUGCUGGCCAAACCAUUAGUCGC